AUUUUUAUAAACAGAACAAACUGAAAGCGCUCAAUAUAAUUUGGCGCGAAACCAUUUAUGGUGCAAGAUAAAUUUGUUGUAAUUUGAACAUUUACAAAAUGCAGUUCAGUGGUAAAGCAAAAAGACAGUCUUUGUUAAGAGGUCAAAAAGAAGGAAUUGUAUACCUUCAUUCCUUGCAAUUUUAUAAACAACCUCCUACAGAUACCAUUACUUUAGAAGAAUUUGAAGACUUGGCUUUGGAAAGACUGAAAGUUUUACGACUAAUCGAACGUGCAGGUGCUAAAUUUAAUAAAAAUUCUCAAGAAUAUAAAGAUAUGAUAUUUAGUGAACUUAAAAAGCAAAAUUUGAGUAGUUACUGCAAAAUAACGUUGCCUAUAGAUAUAGCAAAUAAAGAAAAAUGUGAAUUUAGGAGACGAGAUCACAUUUCCCAUUUCAUUCUUCGUUUAGCCUAUUGUCGAAGGGAAGAUCUACGUCGAUGGUUCAUAACACAAGAAGUUGAUCUAUUCAAACUUCGUUUUACUAUUGAAACAACUCAAGCAAGGAAUGCUUUUAUGAAAGAAAAUAAUCUGAAUUAUGAACCGAUUGAAGAUGAAGAAAGAGAGCGAUUGAAAAAUUUUUUAUAUCUUGGAUUUAACCAUUCCAUUCAAAAAGUAAAUGCUGUAAAAUUUUAUAAGGUACCAUUCAUUGAAGUUCUAGAUUUAGUCAAAAAUCGAAAGGUAUUCUUGGAAAAAGGCCAUGCAUAUAUUCCUGAAGAUGAUUUGAUUAUAACUGUAUUAUCAGCUUACCGAUCUCAUUUGUCUCAUGCCUUAGCAAUAACUUCACGAGCAUUACCACAAUUAGAAGAAGAUACACGCCUUAUUAGUAUGUUAAGUACUUUGCAUCAGCGAUAUAUUGGCACUGAUUAUGCAAAUAAAAAACCGAAUUUCACAGGAGAUGUAACUCCUGAUCAGAUUGAUAAUCUUUCUAAAACAUCAUUUCCAUUGUGUAUGCGAAACUUGCAUGACACAUUACGAAAGAAUCAUCAUUUGAAAUAUAAUGGAAGGCUUCAGUAUGGCCUUUUUCUCAAAGGUAUUGGCUUGUCUCUGGACGAUGCUUUAAGAUUUUGGAGAGAGGAAUUUACAAAAGUUAUGGAUGUUGAUAAGUUUGAUAAGCAAUAUACUUACAAUAUCCGAUAUAAUUAUGGUAAGGAAGGAAAGCGAGCAAACUUUUCUCCUUAUAGCUGUAUGAAAAUCAUCACAUCAAAUGCCCCUGGUCCUGGUGAACAUCAUGGUUGUCCUUUCAAACAUUCUGAUCAAAGUCAUUUAAAACAGAGACUUCAAGGUUUACAUAUAAGUAGCUCUGCAGUAGACAAUAUAUUAGAUUUAUCUUUAAGAGGUCAUUAUCAAAUUGCCUGUACUAGAUUUUUUGAAGCAACUCAUAAUGAAACUACUGUGGAUCAAGGUAUCAGUCAUCCAAACCAGUAUUUUGAAGAGAGUCAAAAACUAUUAACUGGAGUGGUGAAAAAUACCAAAGUUACGAAACCUGUUCCAAGAUCUCUAUCCAGUAUCUCAUCUCAGAAAUCCAGUUCUGAAUUGGAAGAUAACUUUGAGCAAAUGGAUGAUAUGGAAGAUGUUUUAAGUUGUUUGGAAGGAAUAAAAUAAAACUUUCCAAAUGGAUAAGCUUAGUGCAUUUUUAAGGAAAAGGAUUUCAAUUAAAAUUGUAUCCAUAAAAAAAAAAAAAAAAAAAAAAAAAUGGCAUUUUUAAAGUUAAAGAAAACAAAUUAAAUAUUUGUAUAUAUUCAGUUUUUGCUUAUGCUUAUUUAUUUUACAUUUUCUUCUUAAAUGUGGGGGAAUGAAAAAAGAAAAACAAAAAUAAUUCAGACCAUUUUGAAAAAUGUACAUGUGUUAUUUCAUUAGU